ACGUCUCGGUCAACGUCCUGGUGCUCAGGGGGAAUCGUGCCAGUUCCGCCAGCCCUCCCUCCUUGCAGUCGGCCCGGGGUGCAAGAGCGAGGUCGGUUCGGGGACGGUGCCCUGAGGUUCUCCGUGUCUGCUGGACGUUCUGGCGCAUCCUGCGGGGAGGGCACCCUCGAAGGCCCUCGGGGUUUGGGGGUGCCUUGGCCGGCGGAGGGCUUCCUACUCCUGCAGGGUGUUCUCCUGGCCCGGGUCCGCCUGUAUCGCUGCGCCCUCGUUCUGGAGGUUUUGUUGCUCUCUGGAGGCUCUCGUCGCCGCGGCCUGGCGCAGCUCGGACAACUGGCCAGGGGGGGGCCCCUGGAGGCGUUUGGGGAUGGCUUCUGUGCAGCCUCUGGCGUCGACCAGCAGCGCGGAUUUUUUCAGUUUUCGCUCUGUUCGGAACUCCCAGGGGGUCCUCGUCGCCACGGCUGGACUUGCCCCGAAAUCCCAGUCGUGACGUGCCCUGGGACAGGUCUGGGGAGGUUCGGGCACUCAUGACCGGGCGCGUGGUCGAGAGCUGCUGGCCAGAUGUCUUCUGGGGACUCAGUCCGGCUAUGGCUGGGCACUCUGGGCUUCCACACGUGCAUCCAGCGUGUAGCCUCUGGAUGUCCCGCACGUGAAUCCAGACAUGUGGUCUUCCAGCUUCCCAGUGGAGGCAUCAGAUGUGUGCCUGGUGGGCAGCGGCCCAUACGCCAGGUGUCCCCGAGCCAGGGCUUUGGCCCCCCCCCAGGUGCGCCUGGUCGAGAACGGCUCCCAGCUGGCGGCCCGCAGCUACGCUGCCGCGAGCCUGGGCACUGAGGCGUGGGCACAGGUGGGCGAGCCGAGGUUCCACAGCACUGGCCUCUUCGCGGCCACGGCGCUGCUCCUCUCUGGCUUCGCCCUGUCCCGUGGCGCUUGCUCCCGCGCGGGCCGGCUCUGCGGGCUGGCUGGCGCGACGGGAGGCAGCGACGGGGGCGACGUGGAGCUCGGGGGCGCCGGCGGUCAAAGAAGGAAUAACCACCCCGACCCCCACAACUCGAAGGGGGAAAGGGUACCGGUGCCGCUGCCCCCGCCUCGUUUUCGCCUUUUUGGGCCUCCUGGGAGGCCCUCGUCGCCACCGCUGGAUUCGCCUCGAAGUCCUGGUCAGCACGCGCCCCGGGAGAGGUCUGGGGAGCACGUAGCGGUGGCAUCGGUACCGUCGGAUCUCCCCAGGGACAGGCGUCUUCUGCACGGCCCUGGGCGUUGACGAAUCAGCUCUGUCCUGUUCGAUGCUUUCCUUGGGUGCAUCUACGGAACGGCCUCACUUGUCAGGGUGAUUAGUGUGUGGGUGGGCCUUCUGCUCGCUGGACAGCCACUGGCGGCGCCCGCAGAGGGUGUGGAGCGCAAAGGGGGCGGCCUCGGGAGAGGGCGGAGGGCC